AUGAAAAGCAUUCCAUUCUACAAGGUAUGCAAACUUCCGGAUGAAUUCGAGAGGCUCCUUUGCAGGACAAUACCAUUGCUUCCUGAUGUUCGGAUUCAAAAGAUGAGCCAUGCUUGGAUCAGUUCAAAAGUUUUACCGAGAAUGGACUCUAUAUCUGUGUCAAAUCCUAAAGGUAGUUGCAAUGAGAUAAUCAGGAACGAUAUAGGCUACCAUGUAGAACGAAUAAUGAAGGAGAUAGGCCGGGAUACAGACCAGGGGACAAUUUUUUCAUACAAGAACGUGACUGUGGAAGAGAUAGAGGAUUCGCUAAUCAUCAUUGCUGCUCAAAGUAAACGGUCAUCACCUGCUAUAAGAUCUCACGCCCAGCCUCAUGACAAUUGCACCUGGAAUCGUCUUGAAGAAAUAUACUUGAGACUUCAAGGGCCUCAAGCCAAAUGGCUCACCCGUAUUAUCCAUAAGAACCUUGGGUUCGUAGUUCCAGAUGAAAUGGUACUUUCAGCGUAUCACACCAGCUUUCCUCGGUAUCUACAAGUGACCGCGAAGUUCAAUAUUAGAGGCCUGGUGCCUGUUCGAAGGGAUGGUCAGACCGGGAUGAUAUUUGGACAUCCACCUCCGCAAAUAGCUGAGGAGAUUCCGUCGAAAGACAAAGUAAAUGCAGGUCCUUCGAUCACGCAAUCUACACAGUCCGUUGAACGGCUAGUUUCACCGCCCGCAACUAAGCCUUGA